AUGGAGAAGAAUCCGCAUCGACACAGCGUCAGCAAUCCCGUCAUCGCGACGAAGCAGCAGCCGGCGUCCGCCGCCGUGUGGGACUGCGGCAGCGCCCUCUACGACUCCUUCGAGCUCCGGUCGUUCGAGAAGCAGCUCUACUCCGCCAUCAACUCCGGCCGGACCAUCUCCAUGCCCCACUUGCCCGACCGCCGGGUCGCGCCCGAACCGGCCCAAUCCAAUACGACGCCGCAUCAUCCUCCCCCGAAAAAUACCAAAAGUCUCAAUAAGAAUAUCAGCGAUCCGGUCCCCGAGGCUAAAAAGCGCGCUUCGUCGUCGUCGUCGUCGUCGAGGAUAUCCAAGUCCGUGCGGCGGUUUUUCAAGUCGGUGUUCGUUAAAGCGACGUCGUCUGGCGGCGGUAAUUACAAACGGAAGGAGGAGGAUAGGAAGCGGAGCUUUAACGGAGGCGAGGUCUACUUCGUGUGCGACAAGACCGGGGCGCUUUCCACGAUUCCGGAGGUUCCGGAGAGCGAAAAUUUCGGGCUGUCGAAUAUUAGUUCGCUGGCGAAGAGGAGCGUGUCGGAGAGGUUCACGGCGGCGACGACGACGGCGGCGGUGGGUGUUUCAUGUCCAUGA